GCUCAAAGCAUCGAUUCAGCAAGAAUAAUCGAUUAAUUUUAUCGAUUUUUAAAUGUUUCAUAAAUUUGUGUCGUUGUGAUCUCAGUUUGUAGACUUUAAGAUGGCGGUGUUUCCUAUUGUUAUGAUGCUGCUUCUAGCAAGCAGUGCAUCACUAGCGAAAGAAACAGAAGAAAAGCACACGACGAAACUGCUGGAGUCUGGUGGCAUCAGGGACGCUCCGUCCGGCAAAGGCAUCAAGCGGCAGGUCUUCUCCACGGGAGUCCUGGGUUCACUGACACCUUCCCCCUUCACCCCGUCAGCUGUGGACCCUACUGGAGGUCUCAAUGUGCCGAUCCAGGCAGGGCCACCAGUCGUGGCCGCACCAGCCGUCCCACCGCCGCCGGUGCAGACCUCCGUCUCAGUCGACCCCAACCCCGUGGUGUUGAGGCAAGAAGUGCCGCGCUUUAUUACUAGAACCGUCACCAACCAGGUGCCGUAUGCUGUGCCAGUGCCGUAUCCUGUCGACCGACAGGUGCCGUACCCGGUCCGAGUACCCGUGUCUGUGCCGGUCGACCGCCCUGUGCCGGUUCCUGUGGUGCACAGGGUUCCCGUGGAGGUCACCCGCCACGUGCCCGUCUACUACGAGACCAGAGUGCCAUAUCCCGUCAAAGUGCCGUACCCAGUGCCUCAUCCGUACCCGGUGACAGUGGAGCGUCAGGUUCCAGUUGAUCGCCCAGUUUAUGUGGACCGGCCCGUGCCUCAGCCCGUGUAUGUGGACCGGCCAGUCAAUGUGCCAGUGCCGGUGGACCGGCCAGUAGCGGUACCACAACCUGUGGUGGUCAACCGACCGGUGGCGGUCCCACAACCCGUGGUGGUGAACAGGCCAGUGCCGGUGCCAGCCGUUCCGGUCGCGCAGCCGCUGCAGACGUUUCAGUCCCUGCCCACUGGAUUCGGAGGAAACCUGAACUUCCAGGACUUCUCCAACAGCAUCGCUCUCAACGGCCGCUAAUCAUGCCAUCCCUUCAUUAUCAUGUAAUUUAUUAUGACUAUGUACAAAUCCAUUAUCAUUAUUUUUGCAAUAAAACAUGGCGUGACAUCAAAAUCUUUAUUAUUCACUUGUUUAGAAAGUUAAUAGACAUAGCUCGAAACAUCUUAACCUACUUCAACUGGGACGGGGCGAGCGCGGGUCCAGGGCGGCGCGGGACAGACUCAGAUAGCACCUGAACACGUCCAUAACAUCGAGAUAUUUAAAACGUUAUUUCAUAGACUUGGACACGUCCCGAUUUGUCUCAUAGCCAAUGGCUCACAUUUCGCCUCG